AUGCCCCCUCCCGCGUCCUGCCAGCCUAAUGGAACCAGCCAAGAAGCCCUGCAGUAUGAAAUCAAAGAGCUGAAACAGAAAGACCUUGCUCUAGACCAGGAAACUGCACAAUUAUUGUCCGAAGGCUACAGCCUGGAGGAACUGGAGCAGCACAUUUCUCUGCUCCAUGAGUACAAUGAUAUUAAAGAUGUUGGGCAGAUGCUGCUGGGCAAACUGGCUGUUAUCCGAGGGGUUACUACAAAGCAGCUCUACCCUGAAUACUACGAUCUGGAGCUUAGCGACUAGUAUUGAACCUGAAGAUUGCCCCGUCCUGCAAAGCUGACACUUACUGGGCCGUGACGGUUUGGUGUGGUAUUGGUUCAGAACGGACAGAAGGUGGCCUCAGAAGCGUGUGUGUGGAAUUGCAACAGCGCGUGCAUGAACAGCCUUAUUUCCGAGCAGCUUUACAACGUGAAAGCUGUUGAAUCGGUCAACUGUGUCCUGCUUGUGGGAAAGGGAUGUAGGACUUUGGAUAAUUUUGUCUCCGGUCUGAUGGGACAGUAUUUUUUUUUUUUUCGUUUGUUGGAAAGGCCGUAAUUCAGGUUGAUGUGAAGACUCUUCCCGUGGAGACCUUGCUUCUCUCCAGCAUCCAGGGGCUGUUUGGUUACUGAAUAAUAGAGGAAGCGAGGGCAUGCAAACGUGCAAUGUAAUAGCUGCUUUGAAAGAAAAGAAAAAACCCUCGGAAGCAGCAAGGGAAGAAGGCUGAAUUUGUGGUGGCUUGGGGGUUGGUUUUGUUUUAUGAUCACAUCUGGGUGAGGCUGGGUAUUCUGCAUUUUUGUACUUAACUGCUCGGGUAUCUAGAGGUUCUGUAUCAUUUCUGUGGUAAAUGGCAAAAGGUGAAGUUGUAUUGAACUGUCCUGUCUGAAUAAAGCAGCUGUCACAUUU